AUGCGCGCAUCUCCGACGGAUGCACCGCAGCAGCAGCAGCAGCUGGCCGGCCGUGAGCCCAGUAACUACGUGUGUUCGACGUGCAAAACGAAGUACCAUUCGGCGUGGCGGUUGGUCCAGCACGUCCAGCACGCGCACGGCGUGAAGAUCUACGUGGAAUCGCUGGCCAGCACCGGCAACCAGGACGGUGGCGGCGGGGCAACCCCGACCGAGGAGUGCGACGCACCGGAAUCGGCCGCUGCCGCCACCGCCACCGAGGAAGAAGCGAUGGAGACGGAAGCACCGGUCGCUCCGGUGACGUCACCGAAGCCCACGGAACCGCCACGGAGUUCGAGCCGCAACCGGAGCGUGGAGAAGGACGAAACGGAAACCCCGGGACCCAGGAGAACCUGGAGGGAGCCUGUGGAGAAGGGAAACCGGCUGACCAAUGGAACGGCGGCGGCGGAAGGUGGCCACCACCAGCCGCAGCAGAAGAAGGCCGUCAACGGAGGGAACGGAGGUUCCGAGGCGGACGACGAGCGAGAGGAGAUCGAGGUGCGGGCGAAGCGAAAGAAGCUGUCCCAAAGUUCCAACGGCUGCGAGGAAGUGGCCGCCCUCUCGCUCACCAGCCCACCGCUCGCUUCCGCUGCGUCUCCGUUCUGUUCCGCGAUGACGACGACGACGGCGACGACGGCGGUGGUUUCCGCCGUCCCGCUACCAGUUCCGCCACCCGCUACACUACAGCAGUCUCCGUCCCGCCAGCAGUCACCGGCCGCACUGCCGGCCGCACCGGCAACCUCGAGUCUUCCGCCACCACCGUCCACCGGCGGGCUACGCGGCCACCAUCCGCUGCUCGCGCCGCUCCCGCCCGACCUCCACCCGAACCCUUUCGGAUUGCUCCGGAUGCCGCCGCAUCACCCGCACCACCACCACCCGCACAGCCCGCUGUUCGGUCGGACGACCCACCACGACCACUUCCGCAUGGAGCACCUGAUGUCGGAGCAGUUCCGGAACCACGGCCUCAACCUGGCCGCGGCCGCCGUCGUGGCCGCGAACCGACUGAAAUCGCACAAUCCGGCCCCCUUCAACCCGGCCACCGGCGCCACCGCCUCCGAGCGUCCACCCUCGUCCGCGUCCUCAAGCGGAGCCCUCGAAACGCCGGUCGCCGCGCCCCAAGCCCUGCUCGGAGUCACGGAGCCCCACAUGGAUUACUACUCCCAGCGUCUCCGCCAGCUCGCCGGCACCACCAGCCCCGGAACGGGGCCGGGCCCGACCCUGACCACCUCCGCAUCCCCAAGCCCACGCAAGUCCACGCAACCGUCAGCGGCGCUGUCACCAUCGCCACGCUUUGCCAGUCCUUCGCCCUCGCAGCUACCGCCGACGCCACUGACCAGCAGCUCCCAGCGUCCCCAGAGCCUGACGCCACCGGAGAAGAGCGCCGUCGAGCUACUCGGCCUCGACGCGGGCAGUUCGCUCACCAACACUCCCCGCUCGGCAUCGACACCCCCGAACAAACAGAGCACGGGUCACGGGGGCGGUGGUGGAAUUUCGACAGCCACCGGCACCGACAGCGCCCUCUAUGGGUGUGAUUUCUGUGGCAAAAAGUUCCGCUUCCAAAGCAACAUGCUCGUCCACCGGAGGACGCACACGGCGGCGUCGGCACCGACCGAGUUGCCGUUCCGGUGCACUGGCUGUGAGUUUUCGUGCGCUCAGCCGUCCAAGCUCCGGCAGCACAUGCGGCUGGCGCACGGGCACGCAGGACCCUCGACGGCGGCCACUUCGGAGCCGGAUACGGCCAGCAACGUUGGCUCGUCGAUCGAGAGUGAUGUCGGCGAUCCGGAUUCGGAUAACGACGGGUUACUGGAGGCGGAUGAGCUGGAAGGUGACGAGUUGGAGUCGGCCGCCCAUGAGCGGCGCCGGAGGCGGCACCUGCGGAACGCGGCGGCCAGAGCCGCCCGCGAGGACGACGACGAAGACCUGGACGAUGACGAUGAAGAGGAGGACGAUGAGGAAGACAUCGAUGAGGACGAUGAUGAUGAUGAUGAGGCGGAAGACCUGAGUAUGAGCAGCACCCACAGCCACUCGAAGAAGGACGGGGGUGGUGGAGGAAGUGGGGCACUCCAGAUGUCCAGUUCGCUCGUCGGUGAGCUGAUGGACAAGUUCGGGUUGUCCAACAUCGCGCAGUACUCGGAGGCGUACAAACAGGCGCUCCAGGAGUCAGGCAACGCGCUCAAGCUGCAGCUGACGAGCAAGGAUCGGGACAACAACAACAGCGCCAUGGCGAUCCCCGGGUUGGCGGAGAAGCUAAACGGACUGCCGGCGGCCCUUCGCAUCAAGGAGGAGCUGGCCAAGAGCAUGCUGCAGCAGCACCAGCAGCACCACAACGCGCAACUUCCGCAGGUCCCACUGUUCCAUCCGUUCGAGAACCCGUUCGAGGCGUCCAAGCGCCUGAAGUUGGAGGGCGCCGCCGCCGACAGUUGGUGGGGUAUUCCGGGCUUGCACCGGGGUGAGUCACUGUUCGAGAACCUGAAACCGGGCCGAGGUGAUCGAGGUUCCGGAGGAGGCCACGGUGGCGGCGGCUUGUUGCAGCCGAUGAUGAAGAAGGAGAGCAAACUGCGGAACGAUACGUGCGAGUUCUGCGGCAAGGUGUUCAAGAACUGCUCCAACCUGACGGUGCACCGGCGGAGCCACACGGGCGAGAAGCCGUACAAGUGCGAGCUCUGCUCGUACGCCUGCGCCCAGAGCUCGAAGUUGACGCGCCACAUGAAGACACACGGGCGGCUCGGCAAGGACGUGUACCGCUGUCGGUUCUGCGAGAUGCCCUUCAGCGUACCGUCCACGCUCGAGAAGCACAUGCGCAAGUGUGUCGUCAAUCAGGGCAAGCUCCAGCAAGCGCAGCAGCGGGAACUUCAGCAACUCCAGCAACAGCAGCAUCACCACCAACAGCAACUGGCCGCCCAGCAGCAGUUAGCCGCCCAACAGAUGGCGGCGGCGGCGGCGGCUGCAGCCGCGGCAGCCUCCCAAAGGGUCGAGCACCAUCGUGAUCACCGGGAGCAACAACAAUCGGCAGCGGCCCUUUUGGCAUCCCCUUCGCACGGCGGCGCCCCACCACAGUUGCCGCCGGGUCUGCUACUGCCACCACUGCCAGUCGCCAGUGGGGCGACGACGACGACGGGGCCGGACGAUAGCGGUUCAGCCGCUAACACCUCGGCCAGUUCCUCCACGUCAUCAUCAUCGGCAGGCUCGGGUCUGAUAAAGGAGGAGGCGGCCACGGCAUGA